UGAUGCAGCCAUUCAACAAGAUUAUGCCGAGCUACACGGUGUUUGUUAUCGCUGAAUCGACAUAAUUUACGUAUAAAUGUUCCGGAGAUGCAGAAGCACAUCGCCAGUUAGUGGUUGUCCAACGACUAUCAACAUGUGGCUACCUCUGACACUCUUAGUUCUUGCGGGGACAGUUUCAGCCGACUUCGACCAUGGCUGGAAGGUCGGCAAAGAGUACUCUUACCUGGUGCGCAGUCGCACGAUGACUGGUCUCGACAAACUCGGCGACCAGUACACGGGCGUCCUGCUGAAGGCGUUGCUGAAGGUCCAAGUGAAGGACCCGCACACGCUGAUAGCACAGUUGUCGCGCGGCCAGUUCGCCAACAUCCACAAGGAGUUGCCGGACGGUUGGGACAUGCCUAUCUCGGAUCAGAUGCUCGAUCUGCAGGAAUUGCCGAUCACCGGCAAGCCGUUCGAGAUCAAGGUCAAGCGCGGAGUGAUCCGUGACCUGAUCGUCGAGAAGGGCAUCCCCAGCUACGAGGUGAACCUGCUCAAGAGCGUGGUCAGCCAGCUGCAGGUGGACACCCUGGGCGAGAACGCGAUCAGGACGAGGAGCAACGUCCAAGUGCCGAACGAGGAGGAGCCCUACGGCUCGUUCCCCGUUAUGGAGGACUCGGUCGCUGGCAAGUGCGAGGUGCGCUACGACAUCACGCCUCUGCCGGACCCCAUGAUCCAGCUGAAGCCCGAACUGGUACCCAUGCCCGAGCUGAAAGGCGACGGCCACCACAUCGACAUCAUGAAGACCAAGAACUUCAGCAAAUGCGAGCAGCGCGUGGACUAUCACUUGGGCAUCACCGGAAGCACCAACUGGGAGCCUGGCACCAACGACAACGGAGAAUUCCUCUCGAAAUCGUCGACCAGCAGGAUCGUCAUCUCCGGGAGCCUGAAACGCUUUACGGUUCAGUCAUCCGUAACCACCAGCCAGUUAUUCGUUAGCCCGAGGUUCUACGACCAACAGAACGGUAUAGUGAUGAGCAAGAUGAACCUGACCCUGAAGCGCGUCAAUCCGAUCUCCGAUCGCCUUACGUCCCCGAGCGAGCCAGAAUCCACUGGCAACCUUGUGUUCGUCUACGAUAAUCCCUUCACGGACUUCGCGGAACGCAGACCAGGCAAACCGACGGACAGCAAUCAACUGGUCACCUCGGACGGUGUGCGAUCGGUGAGCUCCAGCGAGGAGGUACGGAAAAAUCUGCUGAACAUCCGUGGAUCCGGCUCGAGCGAUUCCAGCAGCUCGAUCGCCAGUAGCGAGGAUCGCGGCUUCUGGCAGCCCAAGCCUACCUUGGAGGACGCUCCGCAGAAUCCUCUGCUGCCCAACUACAUUGGCAACAAGGGCAAGUACAUCGGCAACACCGGCGCGAUCGACACGAUCAAGGUCUCCAAGGACAUCAUCUACCAAAUCGCCAACGAGCUGGAGGAAGCGAGCAACAUCCCCAAAGAGCAGACUCUGGAGAAGUUCACGAUCUUGACCAGCCUGUUGCGCACCCUGAACAGGAAGCAACUGGCCGAGGUCGAGAACAGCAUACAGAUCUCGAUCAACGACUUGAAGACGAAGGACAAGACGCAGGCCGUUAAGCAGAACGCUUGGGCCGUGUUCAGAGACGCCGUCACUCAGGCUGGCACCGGGCCUGCUCUGCUCACCAUCAAGAAAUGGAUCCAGAACAACCACAUCACUGGAUUGGAGGCUGCCAGCGUCAUCUCCAGGAUCCCGAAGACCGCGCUGACGCCCACUGCCGAAUACGUUAGGGCCAUGUUUGAACUAGCCACCAGCUCCGAGGUCAAGAACGACAGGACCAUGUGCGCGACAGCUAUACUAGCGUUCACCGAACUGGUCCGCUUGUCGCAAGUGAACAGCCGCACGCUCCACAACCGUUACCCGGUGCACACGUUCGGUCGCAUGAUAUCGAAGCAAGACAAGACGGUCGUCAACGAGUACAUCCCCUACUUGGCCCGCGAACUGAAGCAAGCGGUGACCGAUCGCGACAGCCCGAAGAUCCAGACCUACAUCCUGGCGUUGGGUAGCAUCGCUCACCCGAAGAUCCUCACUGUCCUCGAGCCUUACCUGGAGGGCAAAGAGCAAGUGACGGUGUUCCAGAGGACGCUGAUGGUGGCCUCCCUCAACAAACUCGCCGACAUCAACCCUAGACUGGCGAGGUCCGUGCUCUACAAGAUCUACCUGAACACCAUGGAGGCCCACGAAGUCCGUUGCGCCGCUGUGUUCCUGCUGAUGAAGACCAACCCGCCUGUCAGCAUGCUGCAGAGGAUGGCCGAGUUCACCAACUACGACACCAGCAAGCACGUCAACUCCGCCGUGAAGUCCACCCUCCAGAGUAUCACCACUCUGACUAGCCCGGAAUUGAAGGACCUGGCCAACAAGGCUCGCGCCGCUGUCAACCUGCUCGACGACAACGAGUACAGCUACCAAUACUCCCGCGGAUUCGUCUCGGAAACCGUGAACAAUCGGCAGAACAUGAUAAACAGACUGAUCUUGAACUACAUCGGCAGCGACGACAGCGUGAUCCCCCGCGCUCUCUUCGUUAAAUCCUACGACAGCUACGGCGACUUCCAGGUGCCGCCCACUGAACUGUUCGCCAUGUUGUCCAGCGUGAGACCCAUCUUGGAGAUGUCCCUCGACAGCGAGGAGAAGGAACAAUCCGGCAAAUGGCUGUGCGAGAAACUCGCCGAGGAGCUGCACAUCAUACCCGAGGAGCCGAUCGAGAUCGAGGGCAACAUCCUGCUGGACUCGAAAUUCAGCUCGAAAUUCUUGCCUUUCGACGGACGCACUCUGCGCAAGAUUCCCGCAUGGAUCAGGGAGCAAAUAAUGGCCCCGAAGCACGGUGGCUACAUAAACUUGAACAAGCUGAUGUCCUAUGAGGUCACUCUGAGUUUCCCCACGGAGACGGGUCUGCCGUUUGUCUACAUGUUCAAGGCACCUACCCUGUACAAGAUGAGCGGACAGAGUCAGAUGAACUUUGGCCUGGACAUGAGCGUGAACGCGAAGCUCGACACCCGCAUCGUCUUCUCGAAGAAGAUCCAAGGCAGAAUCGGUUUCUUGGCGCCGUUCGAGCAUCAGCACUUCAUCGCCGGCGUGGACAUGAACUUACAGGCUUACGCGCCGAUCAGGUUGUCCGCUGAUGUCAAUCCGGUGAAGGGCAGCAUGAGGGUGAAACUGUGGCCUCUGAAGGGCGAGGAACACGCUCGGCUCCUGCACUACAGCGUGGUGCCGUUCACGGCUAGUCACGACAUCUUCAGCCAACGACCUUUGCUCACCGAGAAGACCACCCAUCGUAUAAUCGGCAAGAUGAACUCCCAGAAGACGUUCGCUCUGCCUAGCAAGGACAUUGAUAGUUUCCGCUUGGAGAUGGAAGGCUGCGAGAACGACGAAGAGUUCUGGGACUGGAAUAAGAUCGACAUGGAGAACCUGCUCACCUUCCCGUGGACCGACGCCACCGACGAAUUCCGAUCGCUCAAUUUGGUGAUGAGGUUGCAAGGCGAGCAGAAGGAGCCGCUGAUCCUCACCGUGUCGAAGAAGGAACGCAACGAGAAACCCGAAGAACAGCAACCGUGGAUACCCAAGGCCAAGGCUGUCGUGCCGACCACCACGGAAUCGAACAGCGAGGAGCGCCGGGAGCAAUUCCUGAAAGAGGUCGGCAAAGGCAUCAAGGCUGCCAGGUCUACGGUGGUGGACGUUGAACUGCAGAUCCCUGGCGAACUCGAGAGCCGCAACGCUUUCACCGCUGCCUGGUCCGAAAGCAACGCCGACAACAAGCAGAAGAUCCUCCUGUUCUGGAAAAUCAACAUUCCCUCGGAAGAGUUCAAGUACGAAGUUUGCUCCGCGAUAAACUCCGUAGAACCGGACAACACCAUCCCGUCGUACGAGAUGGCGAUGAAGACCCUGCCCAAGGAGGAGAUCGACAUGGACAUCCGUUUCGGCGUGAACUGCGCCGACGGCGAGCAGAUCAAUGUUAAGGGACAGGCGGUGCAGAGCGCGGAGAUGAGGAAGGAAAUCGAGAAGUCUGCCGUGGCGAAGACCUGCGAAGAGCAGAUGAUGCAGGGCAACAAGGUUCUCAGGGACUGCCAAACCGCCGCUGCCUUAGCCAAGAUCUGGGACGAGCUGCACUUGUCGUUGAACAUCGACUCCGAGCCUUUGAUGUACGCCGUCAAGAUGGGCAUAGACAUGCUCAGCGACAGCAAAUACCUGGACUCCACGGUGCACACCACCAAGCCGAAGAACGCUGGCAAGAACAAGAUCGACAUCACGACCAAGCUGUCGAAAGAUCUUGACAUGAUGGACGUGGCCAUUCACACGUCGGACAGGGACGUGCACAUCAACGACAUUGGCACGGAUCUGUUCGACGUCUACCCCGAGGACCGGAACACGGACAACGACAUCCCCGACUUGCUCGACGAAGAUCUUCAAUCGUCCUGCGUGCUCGACAAGACCAGGGCUGAGACCUUCGACGGCAACAGCUACCCGCUCAGACUGGGCAACUGCUGGCACGUGCUCUUUACCACCUACCCGAAGAUGAACCCCGAGCAACCCGGUGAGAUGCAGCGCGUCCCCGAGGACCUGAGCGUGAGCAUCUUGGCCAAAGAGGUCGGAGAUGGACGCAAGGAAGUGAAGAUCAUGCUUGGCAAACGGGAGAUCGUGCUGUUGCCGGGCGAGACCGAGCCAGAGGUGCUCGUAGACUCGCAGAAAGUUCCGAUCUCCAGGGAGAAGAACUUCCAGGAAAGACGCAAGGAUGAGAUCCUCCUGGAGAUCAACAGGCUCUCCGACAACUCCAUCGCCGUGGUCGCCGACAAGCAAGACGUGCAGCUGAUUUACGACGGAAAACGUAUCGUGAUCAAGGCCUCGGACGACUAUCGCGGCGCAGUGCGAGGUCUCUGCGGUAACUUCGACGGUGAGGCGGCGAACGACUUCGUGGCCCCUCAGAACUGCAUGGUGAGGAAAUCGGAGCACUUCAUCGCUUCCUACGCACUCACCAAUCAGCAGUGCGAGGGUGACUCCGUGGUGAACGCGGAAGAGGCCAAGAAAGAGUGCCGCCCCAUCGCCAAGGCCCGGCAGAGCAAUGUGAUCAGCGACGUCGACGCCGGAAGGGAGAUCGUCGAGAAAUGGCCCUACCCGCGCGGCGAGUACAAGCAAAUCGACAAACGCUGCAACACCCACAAGACCCAAGUGGAAGAGCUGGAAGACCAGAUCUGCUUCUCGACUAGGCCAGUCGUUGCCUGCGCCCCUGGCUGCUCGCCUGUCGAAACCAAGGACAAGAGCUACCAAUUCCACUGCAUGGAGAAGAACACGGCUUCCCUGGACCUGAAGAAGAGGAUCGAGAAAGGCGCCAUGCCCGACCUCAGCCAGAAACCGGUCUCCAUGUCGCGGCAAAUCAACGUUCCUCUCAUGUGCAAAGCGUAAUCAGCGCGACACUCUUGUAUUUCCACUUCGUAGCUAGUGUAGUAGUUAGCAGAUGUAGUUUCUUUUAUAUCUGACGCAAACGUGUAUUAAUAAAAUUUAUUUUUCAAUAUAA